ACGUUAAGGCAGGAAACAGUAACUGCGUUCUUAAUUUUUUUGAACUUAAUCAAUUUCGCAAACAAAGGAAAUAAUUAUCAGCAUCCAAUACAAUGGCAACUGCUAAGGAAGAUAAAGAUGACGUAGACAUGGUUUAUACCAAAGAACUGAGAGCUGCUACAAAAGACGUACACAAGCUAAGCGAUGUCCUGGUUAAUGCGAAAUUUGCUUUUGCUCUGUCUGAUGAUACCGUCUGGGCUGAUGGUCUAUUAAGUUUCUACGAAAUUUAUAAAUUUUUGGAAAACAAUUUAACUGAAGAAUUAUUACCCAAAGAAUUGCAUCGCGUUAAAGAAUUUGAGAAGGAUUUCGACUACUUUCUUGGUGAAAAUUGGCGGGACACCUAUGAAAUUCGACCAGCCGUCAAAAAAUAUUUAGAACAUUUGCACGAAGUGAACAAGAAAAGCAAAAUAUUACUUUUUGCUUAUGCUUAUCAAAUGUACAUGGCUCUAAUGUCUGGCGGUCAAUUGUUGCAAAAGAAACGUAUGAUGGCACGUAAAUUGUGGCCUGAUAAGCAAGAAAAUAUUCAGGAGCAAAUUGAUUCGGAAAAGCCUAGCAAUCCGGAUGAUUUAACCACGCGCCCAAUGCCUUUGCAAGUACCCAUAUGUCCUGACGGUUGUGCGGCAACAUAUUUUCCCGAAAAAAUUUCUGAUCUUAAGGCUAAAUUACGCACCAUACUUAACAAACAUUACGGUAAUUUUGAUGAGGAAACAAAGGCAGAUUUCAUAGAAGAAAGUCGCAAUGUAUUUAUAUACAAUAGUGACGUCGUGCGUUCGGUUAAAGGUGUUAAUCGAGCUAAUAUUAGGAAACUGGCCAUUGUCGUCUUAUUCUUUGUUAGCAUUUAUUUUGCAAUUAAAUUAGCAAGACAUUAAACAAAGAAUUAUAAAAAUAUGAGGAUUAAUAAAAUGUAACAAUUAAAAAAAAGAGAACUUGCAAAAAAUUUCUGCCAGAGUGUGGUUAUGAACGCGGGAAUGGGAAUGUCGUAUCACUUCGGACUGUUCGUCGACCUUUAUUAAGUACCAAUUUACCAAGAAGAACUUUUCUGAAGGUUCUUUUGCUUAGAACAGUUAAUUUGCGGAAGGAGAAAAACUUCACUUCUCCCGAAAGUGGAGAAAUAUAGUUUGGAACAACGAAACAAAAAUAAAUUUGUUUGCAAAUGAUGCGUGAAGAAAUUUUGACCAAAAAACAUUAAAGCAUGAUGGAGGAAAUCAAAUGGUACGGGGCUCUUUUUCUUCGGAGGUUGUCGGUCUGCUACAUCUCAGAAAAUGGUUUUGUGUUUAAAAACUGGUUGCGAACUGUAAUGUUAUUGCAUGCUGAAGAAAAUAUGCCUCUGCUAUGGAAAUUUUAACAGGAUAAUGAUCUGAAAAAUUCUUCCAAUUUAGUGAUAGCGUAGUAUCAGGAGCGUAACUUAGAUGCCAAUUGAUGACCAAGUCACUCCUGUAGCAAUACAAGAAGAAUACAUAAAAGAAUAGAAGCUGUCCUUAAAUACGGCUCUUUGCUGUCUGAAUUUAUUUCUAUAAAUAUGAUUACCUUUUAGUACAAAAUAUUGCGUUAUUUUUAAGUUAAGAACUGUCCAGUUGGGAACAUGUGAUAUUUUUGGAACUAAACUCCUUUUAAGUUCUUGUUUAUAGUUAAUACAACUCAAACAAUUUUUAAAUACGGAAAUUUAGGAACAGUAAAUUUACAUAUGUAACAGGAGCAAUAUGGAAAAAAAUACCACCCACCAACAAAAACCAUAUACAUCUAUUUUUCUGUUCACUUUUGUAUGUUAUAAUACAAAUACCCCUUAACGAAAAGUUUAAUGAAUCAUGUGCAAUAUAUAUAUAAAUCAUAUGUAGUAAUUUAUAGUCACCUCCAACAAUUAUUUAUUACAAAAACACUACAAAUUUGAACUUUUUGCCAAAUAAGUAUGGUAGUUUACAUAUCAUUAUUACAUAUUAGAGUCCUGCACGCCUUGCAAAGAAUUGAAAAUUAUUUGAUGUAUAUACUUGAAUUCUUAUUUUUCGGG